GGAAGACAGACGACCGAAACUAGUGAUACUAUACGCUACACAAACCGGUAAUGCGUUGGAUGCCGCUGAGCGUGUGGCUCGAGAAGCCGAGCGCCGAGGUUGCCCAGUUAUGCUCCUUUCCAUCGACGAAUACGACGUUUGGGUUAUGCUGCACAGAGUCCUUUGGUGUUUACCGUUUUUGGUGACGUGCUGGAAGGGGAGAUAUGCUAGACAGUGCUGUCUGGAUUGCAGCACCUUUGUUCCUUAUGUGGAUUCUCUAGAGGGAGUGUAAUCCUACAGCAUUUGAAGGCUUUGAGAGGACUGCAACGAAAGUUCCUUACCUCAUGAAGACACUAUAAUUUUUGUUGUUUCUACAACAGGCCAGGGAGAUACACCAGAUUCCAUGAAGGUCUUUUGGAAGUUUCUUCUGCAAAGAAAUUUAAGUAAGCAUUGGCUGGAAGGUGUUCGCUAUGCUGUGUUUGGUUUGGGUGAUUCUGGUUAUCAGAAAUAUAAUUUUGUUUCUAAGAAGCUUGACAAAAGACUUUCAGACCUUGGGGCAAUGGCUAUUGUUGAAAAAGGUUUGGGAGAUGACCAGCAUCCCUCAGGUCCUUCUCAGCUCUCUCUAUCUCUCAUCUUCCGUGAUCUGCGACCACCGUAGAUCGGCAACCAUCAAGCCUCUCUCUCCCUCCGCUGUUUCUCUCUCCAUCUUCAGGUAUGAGGCUGCACUGGAUCCAUGGAUGUCAUCUUUGUGGAGUAUGUUGAAUCAAAUCAAUGAUAAAUUCUUCCCACAAGGUCCAGAUUUUCUGAUUCUAGAUAUGAAAUUGAUUGAUCAACCAAAAAUUCAUAUCACAUAUCACAGUGUUGACAAGGUGGAUUCACAAUCUUCACCAAACUCAGAUUUAAAAUGGAUUGAGAUGCAAAUUGAGAGGGCCCGCUCAAUGUCUCCUGGAAAAUUUACUCGUGACAAGACUAGGCCCAACUGCUUUCUUAAAUUGAUACAAAAUCAACGAUUGACCAGAGCAGAAUGUGGAAAGGAUGUGCGGCACUUUGAGUUUGAAUUUGUUUCAUCUACUAUUGAAUACAAGGUUGGUGACAUUCUUGAGGUCCUCCCUAGUCAGAAUCAAGCGGCAGUAGAUUCAUUCAUACAGCGUUGUAAUUUGGACCCUGAUGCUUUCAUUACCGUCCAUCCUAAAGAGAUGAACAAUCACCUUCUUCAUACUCAUACGAGUGCAAAUGUUCCGAUCAAAUUAAAAACUUUUGUGGAGUUGACAAUGGAUGUUGCUUCAGCUCCUCCUCGGCGCUAUUUUUUUGAGGUCAUGAGUUAUUUUGCAACAGCUCCACAUGAAAAGGAAAAACUUCAAUAUUUUUCUUCACCUGAAGGAAGAGAUGAUCUAUAUCAAUACAAUCAGAAGGAACGAAGAAGUGUUCUUGAGGUAUUAGAGGACUUUCCGUCUGUCCAAAUGCCAUUUGAAUGGCUGGUGCAGUUGGUUCCGCUGUUGAAAACCAGGGCUUUCUCCAUAUCUUCAUCCCCUAUAGCUCAUUCCAAUCAAGUGCAUUUAACUGUCAGUGUAGUGUCAUGGAUGACACCUUUUAAAAGGAAGCGAAGUGGUCUGUGCUCAACAUGGCUAGCCAAACUUGAUCCUGAACAAAGCAUUUAUAUUCCAGCAUGGUUUCAGAAAGGUGCCCUUUCUCCUCCACCACCAUCACUUCCACUAAUUCUUAUUGGACCCGGAACUGGUUGUGCGCCCUUUCGUGGAUUUGUGGAGGAAAGAGCGAUUCAAAAUGAAUCCAGUGCAACUGCUCCAGUUCUAUUCUUCUUUGGUUGCCGAAAUGAGGAUGGUGACUUCCUAUACAGAGAUUUUUGGUUGUCGCUUACCCAAAAUGGUGGGGUGCUUUCAGAAGCUAAAGGUGGAGGUUUAUUUGUUGCUUUCUCAAGAGACCAGCCACAGAAGGUUUAUGUGCAGCAUAAGGUGCGGGAAAACAGUCAGAAGAUUUGGAAUUUGCUGACUGAGGGGGCUGCCAUCUACAUUGCAGGUUCAUCUACAAAAAUGCCUUCUGAUGUAUUGUUGGCCUUUGAGGAUAUCGUAUCCAAGGAAGGUGGGCUUCCAAGGGAAUCUGCUGUGAGGUGGCUUAGGACUCUGGAAAAGGCUGGCAGGUACCAUGUUGAAGCUUGGUCUUGAUCCCUGCUUUAAUUCUUCAUGUUAUGGGAAGACCAAACAACAGUUUUGCAGUUUGAGUGUUGUAGAUUGAAUAUAGUCUAUGAAACUCUAAAUUGAUUUAUUUGACUAAAGUUUAUACUCCGAGCAGUUUAGGUAGAGGAGAUUGGGUCCUCAAUACAGCAUAUGUAACAGUUGUAUGAUAUUGUAUAAUGGCGUAAAUUUCUUCCAAAAGUGUGAAAUAUAUUUCCAUUAAUCA